UUCGGUCGCCCCAGCCCAGGCCCCAGCCCAGCCCAAGUGCCCAACUCGUCCUCGUUCUCUCUCUUCGGCUUUUCCUGCCGCUUCGCCUCUUCCGAUUACCCCACACAUACGCGCGGCGAGCGGCGUCUACUAACCCUACUCGUCGGCCGGCGGCGCGCUCGUUUUCCUUCCCGGCUUUCGCAUAGAUGUUAUGAAGCUGCACGGCUAUUAUCUGUUGCGCAGAUAGAAAGCGAGAAGGGUUGAGGUGAAAUGGGGCCGUCAUCCACUUCCCCGCGAGAGCACAACGGUGAGGCGAGCAGCAGCGGAAGGGUCCCAAAGCCUAAGGAGAAGGAGCGACCAAGGUCUUUUGACGAGAAGACCCGGGCCGCGUGCUGGCGAAAGGCGGCGGUGUUGGCAGGGCGACACCCAGAGCGGUGGCGGCAGGACACUGCCGGCAACAUAGUGUGCCGCCGCUUCUGGAGCUGCCACGGCUGCCUCUGCUAUGAAUACGAUCACAUCGUCCCGUUCUCCAAAGGAGGGGAGUCUACUGUUGAGAAUUGUCAGAUCCUUCAGACUAGGGUGAACCGGUCCAAGUCUGAUAAAUCAUGGGUGGAGAAAGCGGAGAUGCAAGGCGCUUCCUGUGAUAUCAAGUUCACAGACAAGGAGCUUGAUGUAAUUGAGAUGGCUGUCUAUGGGGAUGUCAUUCGUCCUGGCAAACAAUGUCGCUGUAAAACAGUAGCUGAGAUGAUUGGACAGGUGAAGUCAAAGGAUCACGUUGCUGCUUGCGAUUUACCAUACAAUGAUGCCUCCUAACAUGAACGCCAUCUAUUGAACUGUCGAUUGCAUUCUACUACUAGUACCGAUCUUCAGCUAUUUUGUCAUCAAUGUCUUAGGCACAAAAGAAAAAGGCAUUAAGCUCAUCAGUGCAAUUCAGUGUUAAUGUGUUAUGUUAAAUUGUGUUUGCGAAGUCUCUGCUGGAUACUUGGAAUUUCAGAACGAGCGUGCUUGAAUAUAAAUUUCAAGAGUUUUGUCAGAAAA